AUGCAGGGCCAGGACUUUAUCCACCAGGCUGCUGAGCUGGGCCCUUCUACAGGCAUUCUUAUCACCAAGCUCCAAGGACGCAUUUUGGAGCAUAUUGAAACUGAAACCAGAAUCCUGGGCAAGGUAGCAGCAAGUGAGAUUGGAAGCAGUGCAGCUGGGAAUGCAGCUGGAUCUCUGAUGCGGUAUGCAGUUGAAAACAACGAAAACCUUUUCCAGUUCUACCGUUUGACUUUCAGUGGAGCCAUUAAAAAUCACGAAGAUCUGGAUGAGUCUUGCCUCUCGUCAUCUGUGCCUCUACCCCAGGGGAUGAAGAAGGCUGUAGGCUUUGGGCGCUCAUCCUCCCCUUCCGGCCUGGGCCCUUUUCCCGCCAACUACUCCGGCCUGGCUCCGCCCCCAGCCCCGCCCCUCAGGUCGCUCGCGUCGCUUCCCAGGCGUGUUUCAGUGGCCCUGACAGGCUCCGCCCACCGCGCCUUCCAGUGUGUUCUGCGACCCCGCCCCUCCCGCGGACCGAGGCGGAGGCGACCCUCAGCCGCCCCGCGCGACUCGGGGAGCAGGCCCCGCCCACCCCGUUCGCGUGCCUUCGAGGCCCCGCCCCCUCCGGCACGCCCCGCCCCCAGCCGUCCCGCCUUCGCGAACGCGCGAAUCUGUCGGCCGGGAUCCGUGUGGCAGCCUGUGGUGGCGUCCGGCUUUCCGAGGAACCUUUCCCGCGAGAGCGGGGCGAUGCAGGGCAUCCGGCAGCCGAGGGUCCGCUCAGGGAACGAACCCUGGCCCGCGCCCGCCAUGGAGCCGGCGGGUCCCGGGGCCUGGGCCCACAGCCGCGCCGCGCUGGUCCGCCUGGAGAACCUGCUGCGCUGCUCGCGCUGCACUAAUAUUCUGAGGGAGCCUGUUUGUCUAGGAAGUUGUGAACACAUCUUUUGUAGUAACUGUGUAAGUGACUGCAUUGGAACCCGAUGUCCAGUGUGCCAAACUCCAGCUUGGAUACAAGACAUAAAAAUAAAUAGGCAGUUGGGCAGCAUGAUCCAGCUUUGUAGUAAACUUCGAAAUUUACUACAUGACAACAAUCAAGAUUUGAAAGAAGAUACAUCUAGAACACAUUUAUUUAACGAUGCUGAAAACAAGAAGAAUUCAAUAAAAAUGUGGUUUAGUCCUCGAAGUAAGAAGGUCAGAUACGUUGUGAGUAAAGUUACAGUGCAAACCCAGCCUCAAAAGGUGAAGGAUGAAAACGCUCCUGAAGCCUCACCUUAUGAAUUUGUCUCCAUGACUCCUCCUACAGAUGUUCCUAAGAAGGCUAGAAAGACUCCCACAACAUCUGGGAAAAAGCAGAAAAAAAAAACUUUAGCUGAAAUCAACCAAGAAUGGAAUUCAGCAGUAGGAAAAGGAGGAGGUGACCUUGACUCAAAAGAGGAAUGCAAAGAAAAGCUGGUGUCCUUCUGUAGCCAGCCAUCUGUUAUUGUUAGUCCACAGGCAGAAGGUGAGAGAGACUUACUUGCUAGUGGCACUUGCAUAGAGUCUGAAUCUUCAGAAAAUAUAACUGAAGUCUUUUUGCCUUUAGCUGAACAUAUUGAGUCUCCAGACAUUGAGACCAUGGAUGAAGUGUCUUCUGAGGAGGAGGUCUCUGAGAACCAUCUUAGAUCUAAAAGGUCUUUGACACUAGAUGGUAUAGGAAAACGUAGGCAUUCUAGUUCCGUUUCUAACACAAGUAUAAGCAGCAUUCCAACCACCAGCGGAGAUAUUCCCGAGCAAACUGAGCCUUCAGAAAGUGUGCCAGUACCUGACUGUUCUUCACCACCUCCAAGAAAACGUAAAGUGCGUACCUCACUGAGCAGAAAAAACAGCGAGGUCCCAGAUGACUCCAUUAACCUUUCACCAGGCACUGCACCCCCUUCCUUGAAUAGUUCACAUUACAAACGGAUGAUCUGCAGCCAGUCAGCAGUGAAGGCAUCCUCCAGCAGCCUUAUGGCUGGGAAGAGGAAUCAUAGAGGAGAGACUUUGCUCCACGUUGCUGCAAUUAAGGGUGAUAUACCGUCUGUUGAGUACCUCUUAAACAAUGGAAGUGACCCAAAUGUCAAAGACAAUGCUGGAUGGACACCAUUGCAUGAAGCAUGCAAUCUUGGGCACUUGAAGGUGGUAGAAUUGUUGCUGCAACACAAGGCCCUGGUGAACACCACAGGAUACCAGAAUGAUUCCCCACUUCAUGACGCGGCCAGGAACGGGCACCUGGAUAUAGUUAAGCUUCUCCUGUCCUAUGGAGCCUCUAGGAAUGCUGUGAACAUAUUUGGUCUACGGCCUGUGGAUUGCGCAGACAAUGAGAAUGUGAAAUCACUGUUACUGCUCACAGAGAAGAACGAAUCAUCCUCAACUAGACAUGACUCAGUAAUGAACACUGGGCAGCGGAGGGAUAGACCGCUGGUACUGAUAGGCAGUGGGCUUUCUUCAGAACAACAAAAAAUGCUUGAUGAGCUCGUAACAAUUCUUAAAGCCAAAAAAUGUGCUGAAUUUGACAGUACAGUAACUCAUGUCAUUGUUCCUGAUGGUGCAGUUCAAAGUACUCUGAAAUGUAUGCUUGGAAUUCUCAAUGGAUGCUGGAUCCUGAAAUUUGACUGGGUAAAAGCCUGUCUGCAAAAUAAAACUUGUGAGCAGGAAGAAAAGUAUGAAGUUCCUGAUGGGCCACAAAGAAGUAGACUUAACCAAGAACAACUGUUACCAAAACUGUUUGAUGGAUGCUACUUCUAUUUUGGAGGAACCUUCAAACGCCUUCCAAAGGACAACCUUAUUAAGCUUGUCACUGCAGCAGGGGGGCAGAUUCUCAGUAGGAGACCCAAGCCAGACAGCGAUGUGACGCAGACCAUCAACACCAUUGCUUACCAUGCCCAGCCUGAUUCUGAUCAGCGCUUCUGCACGCAGUACAUCAUCUAUGAAGACGCCUCUAAUUAUCGCCCGGAAAGGAUCCGGCAAGGCAAAGUCUGGAUGGCUCCAUCCAGCUGGUUUAUAGACUGUGUGAUGUCCUUUGAGCUGCUUCCUGUUGACAGCUCUGACACGGCAUGAGUGUUUGAAGUUGAACUUGGGCAGUUUGUGAGAACCCAACCGUUGACCAUUCAUAUUUUUAUAAAUAGGUAGAAGCAUUCAAAUUUUCUUUGAGUUAAAAAUAAAUUUCUCCAACACCAGAUUAGAAAUUUACUCUGUUUAUAGAUUUGAUGCUAAAAAUGCUGUAAUGCAUUUUUCUUUUCA